AUGGCAAUCAAGCAGAGUCUACACUUUGGAUGGAAUCUGAUAUCUCCAGAGACUAAGAGCUCUGACUUUGGACCACAGCCAUUGCGAAAUAUCAUCAGUAUUUGUGUUGUUGGAAGCUCACUAAACUUUUAUCAUUCAAUCAUCAAUUUGUUGCAAAUUAAUCCAUCUCUGCCUUCACAGCCCAUCGAAAUUCCAAAUACCAUGUGGGGGUUUCGCUCAUCAACAUUAGCAAACAUUUUUCUCCUACUCUUAGUUGCCAUGAGCUUUUCAUGGGAAGGAGUCACCUGUAGUACCCGACAUCAGAGGAUCAUUGCCUUGACUCUAAGGCAGAAGCAGUUGUCUGGAACCAUAUCUCCUCAGGUCGGAAAUCUAAGCUUCAUGAGGUUCAUUCAACUUGGGGAGAAUCAAUUCCAUGGUGAGAUUCCCCAAGAAUUCGGUCGCCUCUUCAGGCUGAGAGUCUUGAACCUGUCAAGUAACGCAAUCAGUGGAAAAAUCCCAGCAAACUUGAACUACUGCUCAGAGUUGGUAACUAUUAGCCUAACGAGGAACAAGCUAGAAGGGAAAAUUCCGAUUGAUCAGCUGAGCAGUGUGAAGAAGCUUAAACGAAUAAGUUUUAACCAAAACAAUUUGACGGGAGAGAUUCCCUCUUCCAUUGGGAACUUAUCAUCGCUGACUUCACUCAGUCUUGCCUUCAACAAUCUGGAGGGAAAUUUGCCCAUGGAAAUGGGGCUCUUAAAAAGGUUAUCUUUUUUUGCAGCUUCAGAAAAUAAACUAUCUGGUAUAAUCCCUGCCUCCAUCUUUAAUAGUUCAGCCAUUACUGUCAUUUCAGUGGGCGGCAAUUCCUUUCAUGGCAAUCUCCCAACCAACAUAGGCCUCACCCUACCAAAUCUACAAGUGUUGUAUGUCGAGGGGAACAAUUUCUCUGGAAACUUUCCAACUUCAAUCACUAAUGCUUCUGGGCUUGAGAUACUUGAUCUUCCCUAUAAUAAGUUCGCAGGCCAAGUUCCAGCUAAUUUAGGAGAUCUGACACAACUCAAAAGAGCUAAUCUUAAUCACAAUCUCUUCGGCAAUAAUUCUACAGGAGAUUUGGAUUUUAUUGCAUCACUGACCAACUGCAGUAAUCUAAGAAUUCUUUCCUUGAGUGCCAAUACAUUUGGAGGUAAUGUACCUAAAAUCAUGGCCAAUCUCUCAAAUCAACUCGCAGCAUUGUACUUGGGAGGAAACCAACUGUCAGGAACUAUUCCAGAAGGGUUUGGAAAUUUUGUCAACCUAUAUCUCCUUAGCCUUAAAUUGAACUAUCUUUCAGGGGUCAUUCCAAGAGAUUUUGGCAAAUUACAAAAUUUGCAAUUUUUAAGUCUAUACCAAAAUGAGUUGUCAGGACAGAUAGUCUCUACCCUAUGUAACGCCACCAGUCUAUGCCUUCUGGACUUAUCAAUCAACCAGUUUGAAGGGGGCAAUAUAUUUGAUGUUCUUAUAAACUGUCAAAAUUUGCAAUUUCUGCAAUUAUCUCAAAACAACUUCACUGGAAUUAUAUCACCACAUUUUCUGCAGACGCACUCAUCACUGAUGCAUUUGUACUUAAGUGAAAAUUCGUUUAGUGGUUCUCUGCCUCCUGAAGUUGGAAAGCUUAUACAUUUGGUGGAUUUAGAUGUUUCCCAAAACCAACUUAGUGGAGGUAUACCCAUAUCACUUGCUGAUUGUACAAAUCUGGAGAUUCUUUUUAUGCAAUCCAAUUUUUUCCAAGGAACAAUUCCACCAAAUUUGGCUUCUUGGAAGAGCAUCCAGCAAUUAGACCUUUCAAGUAAUAACUUGACUGGUCCAAUACCAAAAGAACUUGAGAAGCUUCAAUUUUUGAGAAUUGGAGUUCCCACCUUGUCCACUGAUUAA